AUGUCGCACCUCGAACACCCUGGGCCUGAGUCGCCUGCGAGCAAAGGCACGAAUCAGAAAUCUGGCUCUUCUUCAUCUUCCUCGUCGUCUUCGACGACCAAGAAGGAGAGUGGCAGUGGCGGCGGUAAUAGUAGCGAGUCCACCUCACAAGGUGGAUCUCCACGCAUUCAUCGUCCCGUAUCUGCUGCAGAGAAAACAGAUCCAGACGUUCGGAAACAUAAUGAGGAAAUGGAGAAUAGGACUGAGAGGUCGGCCAAUCAGCUGAGUGAGGAUGAUAACAAGGUCAAUAAGAAUUUCUGGAAGGGUGAUGUCGGUCCCAAAAAGGAGAAGUGA